AUGAAGGCCCGAGAGAUCAACGAUUCCCUGAGGACGCUGGCAGACAUGAUAGAAAAGCUCCAUUACAUCCCUCAUCCGAACUUCACCCGCAGCAGAAAGAUUGACGGACAGCUACUAAGUAGAGAUGGUCUCCACCUGAGUUUCAAGGGAACCGAUCGUGUCAUCUACGACCUCCUCGCCGGAAUUGCCCACAUCAGAACUACGCCAGCCAAUACUCGACCCACUACGCCAUCCCCUACUCCAACCACUACUCGAUCAACCACUACUCCAUCCCAGACUCCAGCAACUACUCCAACCACUACUCCAUCCCAGACUCGACCCCCAGGCCCUACUCGAUCAACCACUACUCCAUCUGAUACUCCAACCACUACUCGAUCAACCACUACUCCAUCCCAGACUCGACCCCCUACUCGAUCAACCACUACUCCAUCCCAGACUCGACCCCCUACUCGAUCAACCACUACUCAAUCCCAGACUCGACCCCCUACUCGAUCAACCACUACUCCAUCCCAGACUCGACCCCCUACCCAGACUCCGUACCUUACCGCACUUCUCUCUCUGCCACCCGUUCAUGUAGAUGUCGAACCAACGUUCGCAGUGAGUGAAGAUCCAGCAUCAUGGCCAGCAUUACCACGACGCACUAGUACGACGCCGCCACCAACUAAGACGCCAACUACUGCUGAUCCAACCACUACUCGACCUCCAGCAACUACUCGAUUAACCACUACUCCAUGUGAUACUCCAGCAACUACUCCAACCACUACUCCAGCAACCACUACUCCAUGUGAUACUCCAGCAACUACUCCAACCACUACUCCAGCAACCACUACUCCAUGUGAUACUCCAGCAACUACUCCAACCACUACUCCAGCAACCACUACUCCAUGUGAUACUCCAACCACUACUCCAACCACUACUCCAGCAACCACUACUCCAUGUGAUACUCCAGCCACUACUCCAACCACUACUCGAUCACCACUACUCCAUGUGAUACUCCAGCAACUACUCCAACCACUACUCCAUGUGAUACUCCAGCAACUACUCCAACCACUACUCCAGCAACCACUACUCCAUGUGAUACUCCAACCACUACUCCAGCAACCACUACUCCAUGUGAUACUCCAGCAACUACUCCAACCACUACUCGAUCACCACUACUCCAUGUGA